CAUUCUAGCAAAGCUCCAAGGGUGAAGCAGUCUGUUACUCCAUCAGUGAAUAAAGAUGAGUUUCUUCAUUUGUCUGCUUUUAGGUGUAUUUCUCAAUACAGUGGUAUCUGAGAAUUCCAAGAGGAUCUUAAUUCAGAAAAAUGUCACAGGUCUGCUGGGUAAAGAAGCUAUCUUACAAUGUGAAUAUACUGGAAUGGAAGAAGUAUCAUAUUCCAACUGGUUUAUAAAAAAAGACGGCGCAAAAGAAAAAGUGGCUGGCUAUACUGCAAAGUCCUAUGUAAAAAACCAACGCUUUAGUUCUCCACAGUCUAACAAAAAUCUAACUGUCAAGAUUAAUAGAACUCAGCUUGAAGAUGAAAAAAUAUAUAUUUGUGCUUUCUCUACUGAUUCACAAGAACUGGAAGAAACACUCUAUCUCACAGUUUUAGUUCCACCAGAUGUCUACAUAUCCAGCUCGGCACAAACAGAAAACGAAGAUGACUAUCAAUCUAUUGAAUGUGCAGCCUUCAAUUCCAAACCAGCCGCUAAUAUCUCCUGGGUUGUAUCUGGCCUUAUUGCUGAGAGCAUUAAACAAACAACAAAUAAACACUUAAAUGGCACAUUGACCCAGAAGAGUGUAUAUAGAUUCCCUACCUAUUUACAUGAAGGAAAGGAUAUAACUUGUAUGGUAGACCACCCAGCAUUUACUGAGGUAAAGACAAUGAUGAUACAAGUGCCAUCCUACACUGUCCCGAACACAACCGUUCAAAUAUAUACAACAAAUGAAAAUGAAACUGAAUAUAAAACUAUUGAAUGCACAGCAGCUAAAGGCAAACCAGCAGCAAAGAUCACUUGGGUCCUCCCUGAAAACAAAAGUGGGGAAAUCAACUAUGGUAUUACAGCAGACAAUGGGACCAAGACAGUUACCAGCACAUAUCGAUUUCCAACACAUCUGCAUGAGGGGCAGAACAUCACUUGUGUAAUAGAACACCCUAAACUUUCCAUUAAAGACGUGAAAACUGUAUCACUUCCAGCUUAUUACCUUUCCUCUAUGCAUGUGCGGGAUGGAGAAACUGUAAACAAACCAAAUCCCAUUGAAAAUGAGGUCAUGUAUAGAGUAGUGCUGAAUUUGGGUCAGCGUAAUCAAACCAUUGUGAUAGAAGUUGAAGGAAAUGUCCCCCACUAUACAUUGAAAUGCAUCAAACAGAAUAAUUCACUUCCACUUGACAUAAAAAUGGUGAAAAAUGGCAUGUUUUUUAAAGGACCAAUUAAGGAAAGCCAUUCUGGGAUUUUUAUUUGUAUUGCUUCCUACUAUGGCCAUCAACUGUCAGUCCCAGUGGAAAUACAGGUCUGUUCAGAAAAGCCAGUUCCACCCAACAUUAGCACUCUGGUGAUCGAUGAAGGAGAACAUAAAGUCAUUAGGUGCAUAGCAGCCAACAGCAAACCAGCAGCAAGGAUCACUUGGCAUCUGCCUGGAAACCUGACUGGAGAUGUGAUGUAUAACAGCACAUUUGAAAAUGGAACACACACGGUUACUGGUGCUGUUAGCUUUUCAGCAGACUUGCCUGAGGAACACAAUAUCACUUGUGUGAUUGAACACCCAGCCUUUGAAGCUCCAGAGACCAGGAUAAUACACAUUCUUACAUCCUUAGUUCCUCCAAACAUCAGUUUUAUGGUAUUAAACGAAACAGAACAAAAAGUAAUUCAGUGUAUAGCAGCCAAUAGCAAACCAGCAGCAAAGAUCACCUGGAAUCUGCCUGGAAACCUUCCUAAAGAAAUAAUGUAUAACAGUACAUUUCAAAAUGGCACAUAUACUGCAAUUAGUGCUUUUAGGCUUCCUGCAUACUUGCCUGAAGAGCACAAUGUCACCUGUGUGAUCGAACACCCAGCACUUCAUGAUCCAGAGACCAGGACAAUACACAUCCCUCCAUGUUAUCCAAAUAUUAUCAUUAAAAGUUUUUUGGCUACACCAAAAAACACACAAAAUAGAUUAGCUGUAUGCCAGUCCAUUGGGAAUCCAACUGGAAAAAUCUUGUGGGUCCUACCAAAGAAUAAUACUGGAAAUAUAACAUACAAAUAUGAAAAUGGAACAGGAACGCUUACCAGUAUCUAUGAAUUUCCAUUUGCCCUACAUGAAGGGCAGAACAUAACUUGUGUUAUUAAUUACGGAGAGCGUCUGGCUGCAGAGAAAAGGAUAAUACACAUACCUCAGUACUAUAUUUCCUCCAUAAAAGUAUUACACGAAAGUCAACUGAAUGGCAAAAUAAUCCUGCACAGGGGUCGUCAGAACCAGACAAUUGUACUGAAAGUGAAUGGCAAUGUACCGCUGUACCAUUUAGAAUGUAGAAGGAUGCAUGGUUUGUCUCCCGUGAAACUGCUGGGAAAUGCAAUAUUCUUUGAAGGGCCUUUUAAGGAAAGUCAGUCUGGAAUAUACAUUUGUGAGGCAUCGUUCUACCAUCAUCGAGCUUCUGCUCAGAUUGAUAUUAGAAUUACCUCAGAAGACAGAUCCUGGGAGUAUAUCCUGGUAUGUUUUUCAGCAGCAGCAGGACUCAUGAUAAUUGCAACAGUUUUUAUUUACAUCAUUAUCAAAGUCUGUAAAGAACCCAGUCAAGAUCAUCCUAAAUCUAAGAAUUCUUCCUGUAAUAAUUCGGGAGAUUCUAUGGAACACCUCACCCACAUCUUGCUUGAGCAAAAAUCACCUGCAUUACAAAAGAAUCAUACAAAAGAGAAGCAAGAAGAAUAUACAAUACAUUACUCAGUAGUUAUUGACCUAAAAACUUAUGUUUAAAAAAGAAUGUGAUGAAACCACUUUGAAGAAUAGUGAAAUGAAACAUUCAGACAAGAACCAUAUAUGUGCACUUUUUAAUGUACACACACACACACACACACA